AAUGAAGUAAACCUCCGUUUGGCACCAAGGGCAAAACGGUACGUUUACGGAAUUCUUGCCUCCUUACCUCUUCUUCGUUGCGCGCCUUCACACCAAAUUGCUCCGAUUUCCAUAUUUGCCCCCCUCAGUCCCUCUCCCUCUUAUCCUACUUCUUGUCACUAGAAACCCCCAAAUAAACCCUAACCCUAAUUCUUUCCGGGUCUCGGCAAAAUCCACCUUCGCUCCAUUCUCCAUAUUGGUGAAAGAUUAAAUUCAUGCAAUGGAUUUGUCAGAUGCAGUGAUAGUCAAUUCUAGCCGAUUGAAAUCUGUUGUAUGGAAUGAUUUUGAUAGGAUUAAAAAAGGUGACACCUGUGUGGCUGUAUGUAGGCAUUGUAAGAAGAAACUUAGUGGAUCAAGUACUAGUGGAACAUCUCAUUUGAGGAAUCAUUUGGCUAGGUGUCAGAAAAGAUCUAACCUUGGGAUACCUCAAUACAUUGCAGCUAGGGAAAAAAAAAAGGCAGGGACCCAUGCUCUUGUAAAUUUCAAUAUGGAACAAGAGCAGAGAAAGGAUGAAAUUCUUAACCUUGUGAAUGUUAGAUUUGAGCAAGAGCCUAUGAAAGAUGACUCCGUUAACACUGGAAACAGUAACUUUGAUCAAAGAAGAAGUCGAUUUGAUCUUGCUCGUAUGAUCAUUUUACAUGGCUAUCCGUUGGCCAUGGUUGAACAUUUUGGAUUCAGAGUAUUUGUUAAAAAUCUGCAGCCACUUUUUGAGCUUGUGACAUUUGACAGGGUUGAGGAUGACUGUAUGGAAAUCUAUAUAAAAGAGAAACAAAAGGUGAAUGAAGUGUUGGAUAAAUUGCCUGGUAAAAUCAGCCUCAGUGCUGACAUGUGGGCUGCUUAUGGUAAUGAUAAGUACUUGUGUUUGACGGCGCACUACAUUGAUGAAUCUUGGCAGUUAAAGAAGAAGAUUCUAAAUUUUAUUAUGGUUGAUCCUUCUCAUACUGAAGACGAUUCGGAUGUUAUCAUGACAUGUCUGAUGGAUUGGGAUAUUGACCGUAAGUUGUUUUCCAUGACGUUUGAUAGUUGUUCUGCCAAUGACAAUAUCAUAUGUAGAAUCAGAGAUCGAUUGUCGCAGAAUAGAUUUCUUUAUUGUAAUGGUCAGUUUUUUGAUGUGCGCUGCGUGGCAAAUGUAAUCAAUUUGAUGGUUCAGGAUGCCUUGGAAGCACUAUCCGAUGUAACCAAGAAGAUACGGGAUAGCAUUCGAUGCGUUAAAAGUAGACAAGCAACGCAAGCAAAGUUUAAUGAGGUGGCUCAAGAAGUUAAAGUUGAGAGUCAAAAGUCCUUAUGUCUGGAUAAUUCAUUGCGAUGGAGCUCAACGCAUGUUAUGCUUGAAGUUGCCUUAGAGUACAGGGAGGUGUUUUGUGUUUUGCAAGAAAAUGAUCCUGUCUACACAAUGUGCCCAUCCAAUAUGGAAUGGGAGAGAGCGAGUGUCGUUACUAGUUACUUGAAGCUCUUUGUGGAGGUUACUAACGUUUUGACAAGGUGCAAGUCAUCAACUGCAAAUAUAUAUUUCCCUGAGCUCUGCGAUGUUCACUUGCAGUUGAUUGAAUGGUGCAAGAAUCCUGAUGCUUCUAUUAGUUCUGUGGCGGUGAAGAUGAGAAGUAAGUUUGAAGAAUAUUGGGAGAGAUGCAGCUCUGGUUUAGCAGUUGCAGCCAUGUUAGAUCCUCGAUUUAAGAUGAAAUUGGUCGAGUAUUACUAUCCGCAAAUCUACGGCAGUAGCGCUCCAGAACGUAUUGAUGAUGUUUUCCACUGCGUGAAGGAGCUCUACAACGAACAUUCAAUCUGCUCGCCAUUGGCUUCUCUUGAUCAAGGUCUGGCCUGGCAAGUGGGCGGUGGUGCCGGCUCCUCACCUGCUUCAAGGGAUAGACUGAUGGGGUUUGACAAAUUCCUAAACGAAACAUCACACAGUGAAGGCAGCAAGUCUGAUCUGGACAAGUAUCUGGAGGAGCCACUCUUUCCUCGCAAUGUAGAUUUCAACAUAUUGAAUUGGUGGAAAGUGCACACUCCCAGGUAUCCAAUCCUAUCGAUGAUGGCACGCAAUGUGUUGGCAAUGCCCAUGUCUAAAUUUGCUUCAGAGUUUGCAUUCAGCACAGAACCAAGGCUGCUUCAUCGCGACUGGACUUCACUGACUCCACCUACAGUCCAAGCUUUGAUGUGUUCACAAGAUUGGAUACAGAGUGAACUAGAAAGUUAGUUUAUUUUUCACCACCCACCCACCCACCAGAAUCUUUUUUCUUUAUUUUAUUUUAUUUUAUUAUGGUAGAUCAUCUAAACUAUACUUUGUCACAUAUUUUGAUGCAUAGUAGUUAGUCAAUUUUUUUGGGCUGUCUAAUACAACAUGUGCCAUCCUUAUUCCUUACAAAGGCGUAGAUUGUUUCUUCCUUAUGUUGUAUGUGUGUUUUCCUCCUUUUCAGAGGACUAGUUAUGGGCUACUUGGUCAGUAAAUUCCCUCGCGAUCUCAGGGUUAAAGUGAAAAGGUAUUAGCUAGC